AUGUCUCGAUUCGCGAACAAGGUGGUGUUCAUAUCCGGGGGUGCUUCCGGUAUGGGCCUGGCAACAACGGAAAGGCUACUGAAAGAAGGAGCCAAAGUUGUCAUCGCCGACAUUCAGUUCGAACUGGCCCAAAAGGCUGCCGCAGCUUCCAAUGGUGCAGCAGUUGCUGUCAAGAUGGACCAAGGAAGCCCAGAAUCUGUCAAAGAAGCUAUUGCUUUUGCUGAGGCGCACUUUGGGGGUAUUGAUCACGCAGUGAAUGCUGCUGGUAUUCAAGGGCUACAAGGAUCAGUCGAGGAUGCCCCAAUCGAAGACAUGCAGAGGGUUUAUGCAGUCAACCUCAUGGGAAUUGCGUACUGCCUCAAGUAUGAAGUGGCGGCAAUCAAGAAACGGGGAGGGGGCGCAAUUGUCAACAUUGCCAGUGCUGCAGGCAUCAGAGCCAUUCCGUACCUGGGAGUCUAUUCUUCGACCAAGGCCGGAGUUAUCAGCAUCGCCACGGCUGUCGCGCAAGAAGCCGGGCCCUACAAUAUCCGGGUUAACACUAUAUCCCCUGGAUACGUCGACACACCGCUUCUUGACGCUCGAAUUGACCGAAAAUGGGCAGGAUCACUAGUACCGACGGGAAGGUGUGGAAUGCCUUCUGAUAUUGCUGAUGCUACGUCUUUCUUACUAUCGGAUGACGCACGGCAGAUCUCAGGAGUGAACCUGCCUGUAGAUGGAGGAUUAACUGUUGCAAAUGGUGUCAAACCUCCCGGAUUUUAG